AUGGGUAUCUGGGACGCUUUCACCGAUAUUGUCGAGGCUGUGACGCCAUGGAGCGUCGUUGAGGCCGAGGCUCCUGCUGAGGAGCCCCAGGAGGAGAACGAGUCCAAGACCGAGUCUAAGAACGAGCCCGAGGAGGAGGAGGAGGAGGAGGAGGAAGAGGAAGAAGAGGAGGAUGAGGAUGAUGAGGAGGAGCUCGUCGACCCCAAGGAGACUCUCGAGGAAGAGUGCAAGAACGCUCCCCAAUGUGCCCCCGCCAAGCACCACUUCGACGAGUGUGUUGAGCGUGUUCAGCAGCAGGAGAGCGAGGGUGGUGCCAAGGAGGACUGUGUCGAGGAGUUCUUCCACCUUGCCCACUGUGCGACCGCUUGCGCCGCUCCCAAGCUUUGGUCUCAGCUCAAGUAA